CACAGGUCGCUCGUUUAUUUAGCAUAUUUCUUCACAGCGCUUCUGUCAGUGGCGCACACACUGCUCUUGUUUCAGCGCGGAGGAGGGACAAAGCUCACUCACUCGCUCUCUAAUCACUCAGACAACACACUCCGAGCCUCAUCUUUUAUUUACACAACGGUCAGUCGGCGAUAACGCCGUUUACUUUUAGCCUUUGUGGCGUAGAUAAUGUUUGGACCUGAGCUUUAGUUUGCCAUCCGGCUCACUACACACUGCCUGUCAGCGGUCCUGUCACGCGCACGGACCAUUUAUUUCACAAUUUUUGUAGUUGCAGCUGGAAUGGAGACGAUACUCUGAAGACUGAUUUCUUCACCUGAGUUGCUACAGAGAGGAUGGCAAGGAGCUGAGAGAAUAAGGGGGGAAAAGAGAAAAACGACUAGCCGCCCUUACUGACAGGGGCUUGAUAUAUCAGCUUUCACUUAUUACGGCAUUGCAGCUGUUUCAAGGAUAAGUGAUGGCUGCUUACGGACAGACACAGUACAGCCCUGCGAUCCAGCCUGCAGGCCCAUACACACACUACACACAUCACACCCAGGGCUACAGUGUGCCACCCUACAAUAUUAAAACAGAAGACGGCUUGAGUCAUUCGCCAGGACAAAGCAGUCUGCUUGGCUACACAUCCAACUUCAGCGGAACACCUCCUAGCCAAGCCCUUUACAGUUACUCCACACACGGUGGCAGUAUUUCAUCUGGAAUUUUCCAAGGAUCGAAUGCCAUCACAGGCUCAACGCCAUUUAGUCCUACACAGCAGGAUUUUACAGCAUAUUCCACUUAUGGCCAAAGCCAGUACUCACCAUACUAUAAUACACACUACAACAACCCCUACCUCACAAGCAGUAACAUCAGUCCAUCAACCAUUGGCACGGCAAUUCCCUAUCAGCAUCCAGAACAUCCUACUGUAACAACCAGUCACAGCCCAGAGUCCCAUCCAGGGGAGUAUCACGCGCCCCCUAGCCCUCCAACCCCAGGAAAGGAGCAGGAAGGAGGUCCAGCCAGACGCGGCUCGGAUGGAAAGCUGCGGGGAAGGAAGAGGGCCAAUGACCCCGCACCCCCACUGGACUCAGAAAUCGAGAGAGUGUUUAUUUGGGACCUGGAUGAAACCAUCAUCAUUUUCCACUCACUUCUCACCGGCUCUUUUUCCACACGCUUCGGCAAGGACUCAGCUAAAGCUGUGUCUCUGGGGCUGUGGAUGGAGGAGAUGAUCUUCAACUUGGCAGACUCACGACUCUUCUUCAAUGACCUGGAGGAAUGUGACCAAGUUCAUAUCGAUGAUGUGGCCUCAGAUGACAACGGACAGGACUUGAGCACAUAUAACUUUGGAACAGACGGCUUCCAGAGUCCAGCCGGAGGCAGUGCUCUGUGCUUAGGCUCAGGGGUCCAUGGCGGCGUCGACUGGAUGAGGAAACUGGCCUUCCGCUACCGGCGAGUAAAAGAGAUCUACAACACGUUCAAGAAUAAUGUAGGAGGUUUGCUGGGGAGUCCAAAGCGAGAGGAAUGGCUUCAGCUGAGGCGAGAAAUGGAGGUUUUGACUGAUCUGUGGCUUACGCAGGCUCUAAAGGCUCUAGCUCUUAUUAACUCCAGACCAAACUGUGUGAACGUGAUGGUCACCACCACUCAGCUGAUCCCAGCUCUUUCCAAAGUGCUGCUCUAUGGUUUGGGAGGAGCUUUUCCCAUCGAAAACAUUUACAGUGCCACCAAAACUGGUAAAGAGAGCUGUUUUGAGAGGGUGACUCAGAGGUUCGGGAGGCGAGCCGUGUAUGUGGUAAUCGGAGAUGGAGUAGAAGAGGAAACUGUGGCAAAGAAGAAAAACAUGCCAUUCUGGAGGGUAACAUGCAGAGCAGACCUGGAGGCACUGAGUCAUGCACUAGAGUUGGACUACCUCUAGAGGGCAGAAACUUGAACACAAAUCUCUCAUUUGAAUUGGUUAGCUGUAAUCACGUGGCCAAGCCAAGAACUGCAGGACCAAUCAGCCAGGAGUUACAAACAUACAGAAAACCUGUUUCUUCCGAAUCAGUUUAGAAAACACUUUUCUUUUCCCUUUUUACUUCUGUUUGUGACAGCAGUUUUAUACAAUGGCACAUUGCACUGGAGACAAUAAUAAUCAUUUUAAGACCAGAGUGCUUUAAAGGACCAAAAAAGUUUGUGCUUAUUGAUAUGAGACAACAUGACUUCAGGACAAAUUUUUAUGUAUCAUGUGCGACGCGAAAGGUAAGGUUUUGGAUUUAAAAAAAAAACAAAAUGUGCAAAUAUUUAUGUUUUCUAUGAAUUCACAAGCAGCUGCUGUUGUUUGUCGUAGAGGAGACUUCUUCAUAUCUCACUCAGAGACUUAUUCUGCAUCGACGCUUUAUGAGGAAAAAUGAUACGCUCUUUAUUUUUCCUCUAAGUACUAUUAAAAUAUCAACUUUUUUUUUUUUUUACAACUGUGAAAUACAAUAAAAUUCUUUUUAAACAAAUAAAGCACAAUUGGGGGAAUUAUCUGUAUGACUGAAAAUCAGUUGGGAAAUAUGUAGAUAUAACAGUUUUAAUUUGUAAGUUUUCCUGAUCAUUUCUAUCAAUAAUGCAAUAAUGUGUUGAUUAUGUUACUGAUUCAGAUACUGAUCCAAUCUUUUAGGUAAACCAACUUUUAGGUAAAAAGAAAAAUUAAAGAAAUGUUUAUGAAUCUGUGUGAUAGUCCACUCAAUUUAUUUCUUUCUCUAAAAUACUAUAUACUAUUUAAUAACACGUUUAAAAAAAAAAAAAAAAAAAAAAGCCAGUGCAAGAUAACAUUAUAACUAAUUCCAACAAUAGCCAAAGUACAAAGC